GGCCCCGCCUCCUCUGUAGGUUCCUCCUCCAGGGCAGAGCAGCGCAGCCGCAGUGUGUGUCCUGUUUCUGUCAACUUGACGAGUCGAGAUGGCAAAUGUGUUGAGAAAUUCCGCCAAAUUCGGGUUUUCAGGUGUGUUGUCCCAGUUGUCCAUCCACAGUAGACAUGGGAGAGAGUGUGUGUCGCCGUGCUUCUCUCUGCAGCAGAGAAACAACUCUACCUCACCUAAGAUCAAGGUGGACCUGGACAACAGUACAGGUGUAGCUGUGUUGAGGAUGCAGAGCCCCCCUGUCAACAGUCUGAGUCUGGACUUCCUCACUGAGUUCUGUAUCAAUCUGGAGAAACUAGAGAUGGAUAAGAGUUGUAGAGGUCUGAUCAUCACCUCGACCCUCUCCAAGGUGUUCUCUGCGGGGCUAGACAUCAUGGAGAUGUAUGGGAAAAGUCCAGAGCGCUGUGGAGAGUUCUGGAAGGCUGUUCAGGAGAUGUGGCUCAAACUCUACGGAUCCAACAUGGCCACCAUAGCUGCCAUCAACGGAUCUAGUCCAGCAGGUGGCUGUCUCAUGUCUAUUGGAUGUGACUAUAGGAUCAUGGCUGAUAAUCCUCGUUACAGCAUCGGACUCAACGAGACUCAGCUCGGCAUCGUAGCCCCCUUCUGGUUUAAAGACACGCUGGUGAACACGGUUGGUAACCGGGCAGCAGAGCUGUCGUUGGAGCUGGGUCUGUUGUACAGUGCUCCUGAUGCCCUGAAGAUCGGCCUGGUGGACCAGUUAGUCCCUGAGGACCAGGUCCUCUCCACUGCACAGGACACCAUGUCCAAGUGGCUGGCUGUACCAGACCAUGCCAGACAGAUCACCAAGUCCAUGAUGAGGAAACAGACCAUUGACAAGCUGCUGUCCAACAGGGAAGCUGACAUCACCAACUUUGUGAGCUUCAUCACUAAAGACUCCAUCCAGAGGUCCCUGCGCAUGUACCUGGAGAUGCUCAAGAGUAGAAAGGCCUAGUCUGGGGCCCGACCGGCUCCCCCAUUCCCUGUAAAGUGCCCUUACCCCUAUAGGCCCUGGUCAAAAGUAGUGCCCUCAGUCCUAUAGGCCCUGGUCAAAAGUAGUGCCCUCAGUCCUAUAGGCCCUGGUCAAAAGUAGUGCCCUCAGUCCUAUAGGCCCUGGUCUAAA